ACAAAGAUAAAGUAGUUGUUAUUGCCGUUUUACUAAAAAACAUGUUUUAAUUUUAAUAAUGAUUUAAGUAAUAGUGUAAACGUUGCAUCUAAAUAUAGAAAAUAUUGUAACAAGAUGUUAUAAAUUAAAACAAAACUAACUGUUUUUAAGUAUUUUGAAUAUGAAUCAGUUUUUUCAGACUGUAAAACAGCGUAAGAUAAACUACGGCAAAAUACUAUUGUGUGGCUUACGAAAAGAUUACUCAGAAUUCAGUUCAUUAUUACCAGAAAAUAAUCUCAAUCUAACCGAGCGACACGUAGGGGCUCUUCUCUCGUGCACUCGCCGUGUGUGAGUCUUCUUUCCGCCGAGAACAACGGGCUCAUUAUUUGGGAGGAGAUUAAGACCGCGCGCUGUGAUUGGACGCUGGCAGCAGGUAGAAACGCACAGAAACUUGUCCAGCUGAACAGAAUGACUGAUUCAUGGCUACAGCUCCUUUGUACUGAUGUUAACAGGUCUGUCGAAGUGUGUGGCACAAGAGUGCGGCAGGCCUCCGCUAGGGAAGCGUAUCGUGGGAGGAGCUGAAGCAUCAGCAGGGGCGUGGCCAUGGCAAGUGGACAUUCAGUUGGGAGCCAAAGGCCAUGUUUGCGGUGGAUCCAUAAUUGCAAAAAAUUGGGUCCUUUCUGCUGCACACUGCUUCCCUAACCCCUCAGACGUGUCUUCGUAUCGCCUGUACAUGGGACGCCAUCUGCUCAAUGGCUAUAACCAGUUUGAGAUGGUCAGUCAGGUGCAGCGAGUGGUCGUUCCAGAAGGAUACUCAGCCCCUCAGGAGGGCAGAGAUGUAGCCUUAGUGCAGCUGCGCUCUCCGGUCACCUGGUCAGACAGGAUCCAGCCUGUGUGUCUGCCAUAUGCUGGAGUCCAGUUCAACAGUGGAACCUUAUGCUAUGUCACAGGCUGGGGUCACACUCAGGAGGGCGUUUCUCUCGCGGGAGUCGGGGCGCUACAGGAAGUGCAGGUGCCCAUUAUCAACCAGUCCUCCUGCCAGUCAAUGUAUCAGAUUUUGUCAUCUGAUUUAGUAAGAGUUGACAUCCUCUCAGACAUGAUCUGUGCUGGAUAUACAGAGGGAGGCAAGGAUUCCUGUCAGGGGGACUCUGGAGGCCCUCUGGUGUGUCCUGGUGGCAAUGGGACUUGGAUUCAAGCAGGAGUUGUAAGUUUUGGACUUGGCUGUGCUCAGAAGAACCGGCCAGGUAUCUAUUCCAGAGUCUCCAGCUUCGCGAGCCUCAUCCGCACCACAGUUCCAGAAGCUCACUUUUCCGGUCACGCUCAGAGGAGUGAAAGUCAAACGCUUCUGGUUCUAGGCCUCUCUUUUGCAUUAGUACUUUUGUGGAGAUAGUAUAUUAGUAAAGUAUAUGCAAUGUACAUGAGAAACACAAAGUCAAGUUUUGUCCGUGUGGCAUUGAUUUGCCAUGUCCUGAAUGCUUUUGUGGGGCACAAAAUACCCAGUGCUAAGCUUCAUAGGUAUUUCAAAUCGUUUUUUUAAAUAAUAAUGUAUAUGUGACAUGUUUAUGAUCCUUCCUAAGCACAGAUCUAGUUGUUAUAUUCUAUUGUUACAUUGAAUUAUAUUUCUUUUAUGCAGUUUCAGUAAUGUCACCAAGACCUCAGAACACUGUAAAAUGCCAAUAUUGAACAGGAUAAAUGCAAUAUAAUUUUGUAUUUCUUGUAUUGAUUAUUUGUAAUGAAAAAAUCAAAUUGAUUUGAUUGCAUAAGUCAACAAUAUUGACUUAUAAUAUUGAUAUAAUAUUGCACAUUACAGCGUUGU